UUAUUGCUCAAACACGGAAGACAAAAACGGGAGACGUGUCAGGCUCCAUCUUAAAUGGGCGACAGCAAGCUAGCAUAAGUUGACGCUUUAUUAGAUUCGUACAUUUUACGUGCAAUAAGAGUGAUAGUUUACUUAAAAUAUAUAGUUAAAAGAGAAUCGUACGCAGAUUCGCGUUGGACAUGUUGACAAAGUUUGAAACCAAGUCGGCCCGUGUUAAAGGCCUCAGUUUCCACCCGAAAAGGCCGUGGGUUCUUGCGAGUUUGCAUAAUGGGGUCAUCCAGCUGUGGGACUAUCGCAUGUGCACGCUCAUUGACAAGUUUGAUGAGCAUGAUGGUCCUGUUCGAGGAAUUGAUUUCCACAAACAGCAGCCACUGUUUGUGUCCGGAGGAGAUGACUACAAAAUCAAGGUGUGGAACUACAAGCUGAGACGCUGCCUUUUCACAUUACUAGGACACCUGGAUUACAUCAGGACCACCUUCUUUCAUCAUGAGUACCCUUGGAUCCUGAGCGCCUCCGACGACCAGACCAUUCGCAUCUGGAACUGGCAGUCCAGAACUUGUGUCUGUGUGCUGACGGGCCACAACCACUACGUCAUGUGUGCCCAGUUCCAUCCCUCAGAGGACCUGGUGGUGUCGGCCAGCCUGGACCAGACUGUGCGAGUGUGGGAUAUCUCCGGUUUGCGAAAGAAGAACUUGUCGCCUGGCGCCGUGGAGACCGAGGUCCGCGGCAUCUCCGGCGUCGACCUGUUUGGCGCCUCCGACGCAGUCGUCAAGCACGUGCUUGAGGGUCAUGACCGAGGGGUCAACUGGGCCGCUUUUCACCCCAGCAUGCCUCUCAUCGUGUCGGGCGCUGACGACAGGCAGGUCAAGAUCUGGAGGAUGAAUGAGUCCAAAGCAUGGGAGCUUGACACUUGCCGUGGCCACUACAACAACGUCUCCUGUGCCGUGUUCCACCCACGCCAGGAGCUCAUCCUGUCCAACUCUGAGGACAAGAGUAUUAGAGUGUGGGACAUGUCCAAAAGGACCGGUGUGCAGACUUUCCGUCGGGACCACGACCGCUUCUGGGUGCUUGGUGCACACCCCAACCUCAACCUCUUUGCUGCGGGACAUGACAGCGGCAUGAUUGUGUUCAAACUGGAGCGCGAGCGUCCUGCAUACGCGGUCCAUGGUAACAUGCUCUAUUAUGUCAAGGAGCGCUUCCUGCGCCAGCUGGACUUUAACAGCAGCAAGGACACUGCCGUCAUGCAGCUGCGCAGUGGUUCCAAGUUUCCAGUGUUCAGCAUGUCGUACAACCCCGCUGAGAAUGCAGUGCUGCUCUGCACUAGGGCGACCAACCUCGAGAACAGCACUUAUGACCUGUAUUCCAUUCCCAAAGAGAGCGACUCUCAGAACCCUGAUGCGCCCGAAGGGAAGAGGUCCUCUGGUUUGACAGCCGUGUGGGUGGCAAGAAACAGAUUUGCCGUCCUGGAUCGCAUGCACUCUCUGCUGAUUAAGAACCUGAAGAAUGAGAUUGUGAAGAAAGUGCAGGUGCCAAGCUGCGAGGAGAUCUUUUACGCCGGCACUGGCUCGCUGCUGCUACGCGACGCCGACGGUGUGACGCUGUUCGACGUACAGCAGAAGCGCUCGCUGGCCACCGUCAAGAUUGCUAAGGUCAAAUAUGUGGUGUGGAGUGCCGACACCAGUCACGUGGCGCUGUUGGCCAAGCACGCCAUUAUGAUCUGCAACCGCAAGCUCGAGAGCCUCUGCAAUAUUCACGAGAACAUCAGAGUAAAGAGCGGCGCCUGGGAUGAGAGCGGCGUCUUCAUUUACACCACAUCCAACCACAUCAAAUACGCCCUCACCUCAGGCGAUCACGGCAUCAUCAGGACGCUGGAUCUGCCCAUUUACGUGACCCGUGUGCGAGGCAACAGCGUGUACUGUUUGGACAGAGAGUGCCGACCCCGCGUUCUCACCAUCGAUCCCACUGAGUACCGUUUUAAAUUGGCCCUGGUUAACCGCAAAUACGACGAGGUGCUUCACAUGGUCCGUAACGCCAAGUUAGUGGGCCAGUCCAUCAUUGCCUAUCUUCAGAAGAAGGGCUACCCCGAGGUGGCACUGCACUUUGUUAAAGACGAGAAGACUCGCUUUAGUUUGGCUUUAGAGUGUGGAAACAUUGAGGUGGCGCUUGAGGCGGCCAAGGCACUGGACGAGCGCAGCUGCUGGGAGCGUCUGGGCGAAGCGGCGCUGCUGCAGGGCCACCAUCAGGUGGUGGAGAUGUGCUACCAGAGGACCAAGAAUUUUGACAAGCUCACAUUCCUUUACCUUAUCACCGGCAAUCUAGCUAAGCUACGCAAGAUGAUGAAAAUUGCUGAGAUUAGGAAAGACAUGAGCGGCCAUUACCAGGCAGCUCUCUACUUGGGAGAUGUCAGCGAGAGAGUUCGCAUCCUAAAGAACUGUGGGCAGAAGUCCUUAGCAUACCUCACUGCUGCCACACACGGACUGGAUGAAGAAGCAGAGGCCCUCAAAGAGACGUUUGAUCCGGAGAAGGAGACUUUACCUGAAGUGGAUGCCAAUGCCCAGCUCCUGCAGCCACCACCACCCAUCAACCCCCUUGACACUAACUGGCCCCUGCUCACUGUGUCUAAGGGCUUCUUUGAGGGAGCAAUUGCAGCUAAAGGAAAGGCAGGUCAAAUGGCCGCUGACCUGGAUAUGGACGCCACCGGAGCGGAGGGUUGGGGCGAUGACGCCGAGCUUCAACUUGAUGAGGAUGGCUUCAUGGAUGCCCAGGAUGCCUUUGGAGAAGAGGGAGGUGCCAAAGAAGAUGGAGGAGGUUGGGAAGUGGAGGAGGAUCUGGACCUCCCACCAGAGCUGGACUUGCCAGCCGGCGCAGGAGGAUCGGCAGAGGACGGCUUCUUCGUACCGCCCACCAAGGGAAUGAGUCCCACGCAGAUGUGGUGCAACAACUCGCAGCUGCCAGUAGACCACAUCCUAGCGGGCUCCUUUGAGACUGCAAUGAGACUCCUCCACGACCAAGUUGGAGUGGUCAACUUCGGCCCGUACAAGCCGCUCUUCAUGCAGACCCUGUCCAGGGGCCGCACCUGUUACCUGGCCCUGCCCUCUUUGCCAUGCCUGAGGGGAAACCCCCAGAGAAAUUGGAAGGACUGCGGGGCCAAGCAGGGGCUACCGGCCGUGGGUCUCCGUUUAGCCGACCUCAUUGCCCGCCUGCAACAAUGUUACCAGUUGACCACCUCCGGGCGCUUUGAAGAGGCCGUGGAACGCUUCAGGGCCAUCCUGUUGUCGGUGCCACUGCUGGUCGUUGACAACAAGCAGGAGAUUGCUGAAGCUCAGCAGUUGAUCACCAUUUGCAAGGAGUACAUAGUGGGUCUGACUAUGGAGACAGAGAGGAAGAAGCUUCCCAAAGAGACACUGGACCAACAGAAGAGGCUCUGCGAGAUGGCUGCCUACUUCACCCACUGCAACCUCCAGCCCGUCCACAUGGUGCUGGUGUUGCGCACCGCUCUCAAUCUUUUCUUCAAGCUGCGCAACUUUAAGACAGCCGCCGGUUUUGCACGCCGCCUGCUCGAGCUCGGCCCCAAACCCGACGUUGCGCAGCAGACCCGGAAAAUUAUGGCAGCGUGUGAGAAGAACCUGACAGACACUCACCAGUUGAACUACGACCCUCACAAUCCGUUCGACCUGUGCGCCGCCUCCUUCGUCCCCCUGUACCGCGGACGUCCCGUGGAGAAGUGCCCAUUAUCAGGGGCCUGCUACUGCCCCACGUAUAAGGGCCAGGUGUGCAGGGUCACUCAGGUGACCGAGAUCGGCAAGGAUGUGAUUGGCCUGCGGGUUAGUCCACUUCAGUUUCGUUGAGAAGAUGGAUUGUGAAAAGUCCAAUGGAAAAUAAAUAACAAUGAAUAGCAACUAAUAUGUUAUGCCAACCUUGCAAUGUAAUCCUUUCUGCUAAUUUGAGAAACUAUCAAAGUUUUGUUUUUAGUCUCGGUCAUGUCUUGUUCGCUUUCAUUCUAUGUCAAAUAACAAAUCACUGCUCUGUAUCCUGGGGGAGAGGGAAAUAAAGCACCUGUCAAGUAUGAGACAAA